GCGAGAGAAAUCAUCAUUGCCUUCCAAUGGAACUAGGUGGACAGGAACAAAAGAAAUAAAGAUGAGACUAUAAUAGAGAUAAGACCAUCUUUGUUUAGUUGCGCUUCCACAAAUUCUUUUUUAUUAUAUAAAAUCUCCAUUAAUAUUCAAUAUUGAUAAUUGCUCUUCCACAGCUCUUAUAUAUAGGAGGGUAGCCAAGCUAUCAAAACGGCAGUGUGAGCUUCAUGAUCAGUUGUGAGAAACUAACUAAAAGAAAGAUCACCAUGGCCACCAGUCCCCUGUCUUCCACCUCCCUCACUUCUUUCCAUCAUGCUUUCCUUCUUCUACUUCUUCUGUAUCCAUGUUGCUGUUUGCAAAAAUCUUUUGAUGCCCACAAUGCUAAAGUCACUUCUUUUCUGGCAGCAGAUGUCUGCAACCAAUCUUCUAAAGUUGAUCAUAACAAAGGCUUAUCCUUAGAAUUAGUGCAUAAGCACGGUCCAUGCUUUGCACUGAAUCAUGAUAAGAACAAGACAGAAAAAUCUUCCUCUUAUCAUGAGGAAAUGCUCCUUCAAGACCAAGUUCGAGUGGAUUCAAUCCAUGCUAGAUUUUCCAGAUACCAAAGCCAGUUGUCUAGUGCUUUCAAGGAGAUGCAGACGACGGUGCCUAUCCAGUCUGGAAUUGACAUGGGCACCGGCAAUUACGUUGUUACCGUGGCUCUUGGAACGCCAAAAAAGGAAUUUACGCUUGUUUUUGACACUGGCAGCGACAUUACUUGGACACAAUGCGAGCCAUGCGUAGGAUCUUGCUACCGGCAAGCUCAACCAAAGUUUGAUCCACGGAAGUCCUCCUCCUACAAAAAUGUUUCUUGUUCUUCAGCUUCUUGCAAUUUAAUCCGCGAAGCAGGUGGCGCAAAGGGUUGCUCUUCCUCAACAUGUCUCUACCAAGUGGCGUAUGGCGAUGGCUCCUAUUCCAUGGGAUUUUUUGCUACGGAAAAGCUGACCAUUUCAUCAUCUGAUGUGUUCAAAAAUUUCUUAUUCGGCUGCGGCCAAGAAAACGACGGCCUCCUUGGCAAAUCAGCCGGUUUGCUAGGACUUGGACGCAGCAAGUUAUCUUUAGCAUUUCAAACAGCCAGCAAAUACAAAAAGCUCUUUUCGUACUGUAUACCAACUCUCUUGAGCUCAACCGGCCACCUCAGUUUCGGUGGCAAACUCCCAAAGUCUGUGAAAUUCACUCCGCUAUCACCAAAAUUCAAAAACACCCCUUUUUAUGGCAUUGACAUCACUGGAAUAAGCGUCGGUGGCCGAAAACUAUCCGUGAAUGCUUCAUUUUUUACUAAGGCCGGCGCCAUCAUUGACUCCGGUACAGUCAUCACUCGGCUGCAGCCCACAGCUUAUUCUGUACUAAGCUCUACGUUUCAAGAAUUUAUGAAAGAUUAUCCCAUGACUGACGGGGUCUCCAUUUUGGACACAUGCUAUGAUUUUAGCGAUUAUGACAAGGUUUACGUGCCCAAGAUUAGCAUUUUCUUGAAAGGUGGGAUUGAGAUCGGGGUAGAAUUGCAAGGGAUUAUGAUCGCCGUAAAGGGCCUGGAGAAGGUGUGCCUGGCUUUUGCAUCGACUAGUGAUGAUAGCGAUAUUGCUAUUUUGGGAAAUGCUCAGCAAAAGAGCUAUGAGGUGGUCCAUGAUCUUGCAAAGGGAAGAAUUGGAUUUGCUCCUGGUGGUUGUAGCUAGCUAAAAGAAGAUAAGGGGGAAAAAGUCUCAACCUAAAAAAAAUUGAACGAAGUUUAGGAAAUAGCCAACAGGAUUAUGUAGAAGCUUAUGGUACGUAAUAACCUCAGGAAAGAGGAUUGAGCAUGCCUUAUGGCACAAUUAACCAAGAGUGAUCAAAGCUCAAAAAUGGUUGUGGUUAUUGUAUAAUUAGCCAUAAAUUAAUACCUGUGUAUAAUUAAAUAGUUGAUCAAAACCUGAAAAUUGGAAAUA